AUGAGGCCUUACGAAAUAAUAAAUUUUUAAUUACUUGAUACAUAAGUUUAUCCAAGAGUAAGAAUUUAUACAGGUAUUGAUGAAUACGAAGAAUAUGAAUAAGAAGAAGAUAUUACAAAUUAAAAUGAUUAAGAAAACUAUAUAAUUCAUAAAAUAGAAGCUAAGGAUGAAACAUUAGAAAACUGUCUGAAUAAUAUUAGAUUCCAGUAGAAAAAAUAAAAGAAAUGA